GUUAGCGCCUCUAUGAUUGGACAAAAUUCCUGACAGGCUCAGUAGCAACCAAUAUGGCUUCGAUUUCUUCUGUGACUUUUGAAAAUUUUCCAGAAGUUGUGACAUAGCUUUAAUACGACAUACAGAAAACGAUGCAUUGCAUGGAUCAGACCCAAAUGUCUCUCAAGCAUGUAUAAAACUGACUAUCAGGGUGGACCCUUUGUUGAAAUUUUCUCUGCACAAGGUAAAGACCCCACUCAUGGUUGGAAAGUUGGCAGUGGGAUCAAAAGGGAAUAUGAGAAAGAUGUCAAGGGGUUUCUGUAUUGUUUGGAGGGCUCCACCACAACGACUAAGUUGCAGCUACCAAAAGCAAAUCUUGUGCAGAGAUACCUGGUCUUUCAGCUGUUUGUACCAAGGGGGAAAGAGUUUUCGUUUGAAAUAGGAAUUAUCGAUCAAAGGAAGAACAAGAGAAGAUUGAUGUUUUCCUCGGCACAAAAGGACACCCAUGUUACUGAGCUCCAUGCUCGUAUUCCUCUCACCAUUCUCAGGAGGCACAUGUGGUUGAACCUCUGUGUAGACCUAGUGUCUAUAGUGGGAGAAACAUGGCGAGGCCAGACCUACCGCUCUAUCGAGUCUGUCUGUGUGUCAGCCAACUGUAAACUCCGCCGGAUAUUUACACUGAAGAGUCAGCCACCAGACACCGCGGAGGAUGAAGAGAUAUAUGGGUGUGAGCCAUGUAACACAGGAGAACUAGAGGCCAUUCCCAAACAGUGCCAGUUUGCAACAGAUGUCCAGUUUGUGACUCAGAUCUUUAACAUGGCCAAGAUCAAGCAUGCAGAGAGAUUAAAAGGAGGAGAUAAUUCUGUUAGAUUAUCCACAGAAAUAGAUCUGAAUGCCAGUGGAAGGAGAACCUCUCUCAAUGACUCUGGGUACCACAUUGCAUUUGGAACUAAAGUCCCAGGGGCCCCAACCUCUGGCAAAAACAAGGGAAACAUCACCAAUAGAAGUAACAGAAGUGCAACUUCAAGAGCUGAUGAUCCUGGAGAGUCUACAUAUCAAGACCUGUCAGACAGCCUAUCCCGGGAGGGUGGAGGGUUUGAUACCGGAGGGGGAGGGGACAGACCCCAAGAAACAGUCCAUAGAGCUGUCACCCACAGACGCCAGUUCUCUGACCCUGCCACCCAGCAGGACUUGGAGAUGGCCAGUCGCAUAGAUUAUGUCCAGCCUGACCUACUGGUGCAGCCCCACCCUCCCCGGGAACCUUCCACUGACCGGCUGAGGAGGAGAAUCCGGGUCAAAAACGGGUCAAGUAGUGCCAAUAAAGACAGAGUGUCCAGUGCUGGAUCUUUGAAAGAUGAAGGUAUAAGCUCAGCAAGUGGGACCAGUUCAUCUAGAGCCCCCAACAGUUCCAACUCUGGGGGGACAGAGGAUGGGCGGCGACAGAGAUUGGUGUCUGACACAGAGCUCAUCAGAAAACACGGCAACAAAGGGAAAUCGCCGGGGAAGGGCAGUGAGGAAGACAGCUCUCCCUCCCUUGCAUUUGAGUCUGGAAUCUCCCUGUCACAGUCAUAUAAGAAAGAGUACAAUCGCGGUGACUAUGAAGGGGACGGAGCUAUAAUGGACGACUCCUUGGCUGGCAUCAUCAGGGCCCUGAACCCUAGCCCACGCGGACAGUACGCCGAGGAGGAGCAGUAUAUAGAGGAGUACCAGGAGAGUGAGGAAGAGUCAGAAUCAGAUGAUGAACCAAUUUACAUGUUUGAGUCCAAGCCAAAGUCUGCUCCCCGGCGCCAUGUUUCUCCAUUCCAGCCAGAGACAGAGGAGGAUUCUGGGCUACAUAGUCUAUCCACAAGUACAUCACAAGCCAAGCAACAGAGAGGACCAAGACUGGAGCAUGACUUUGUUCAUAGCAGUGAUUCAAGCUUGGAGGAUGAGGAGACCCAGAGACGUAAAAAAGUGCCUGGUUCUCGCCCCACCAGUGGCUCUUCUAGCCGCCCCCACAGUGGUUCUACUAGUCGACCGCAGAGCGGCGCUACAAGCAGACCAACAAGUGGUAGCACCAGCCGUCCAACCAGCGGUACUACUAGUAGACCACAAAGUGGUUCCAGUAGACACCACAAUGUUCCAAGGCCUACAAGUGCAAAGUCUCAGGGCAUUUCUAGUGUAAAAAAUAGUGCUUCAAGUACUGGUAGUCCCAAGUGUAGUAAAAAUGUUCCCAAACCAUCUAGGAAGGAUAAAAUAGACCUUUCAGCCAAUCACACGCCAAAAUCUGCGGACAGUCCCGAGCUUCACAUCAGCUCACAGCUUCCUACUCAUCGCUCGGAUUUGAUGAACGGGAAUGUGACUAAUCGAAGUGUUUCAAGGAUGAGUCGGAAAUCUGUGAAGGAGAUUCCAAAGGACGAUGUCCGUCUGUCUGUGAUAAAGUCUUCAGAGAAGCCCUACGAUUUUACCAAAUACAGUGCAAUCAAUUUUAAAAUGGAGGACAUUACCGAUUCUUUUGAAAAUGGAAUGUUUGCCAGCAUGAAGCGGCAGACAGAGGAAGAUUACGAGGAUAUUUCCGCCAGCGAGUCUCCCCGUAAACUAGUUCCCCCAUCCCCAGCAGGUGCUAUCAGCAAUAAAACGCCCCCUAACCCCUCCCCCAGGGAAGUGGACAAUAAUCACAGAAACCUGUACGAUUUCUCUCCGACCUUGACCCUGACCAGUGAUGAAGACAGCACCUGGCAAGCACCUCCCACAGAAAUGAAGUUAGCAGUGAGCACUGAUACCCUCACAUCUUCUAAUCCACGGGACUGGAGCGGUGCUUUUAGUCCACCCAUUGUGUUCCCUGGAGGUCAUCCGUCGGAUUCCAUCGAGGAUUUAUCCAGCUGCUCCUUAUCUCCACGCAAAAACAUUCCACCACAAGAUUCCAAGUCCCAGGAGCAGAUAUACGCCUCACUCAGACAGGAUGACGGGAGGGAUGAGGACGAUCUAGACCUAUUGUACGACUCUUGUCUGAACUGUUACUACGAUCCCAAAACCCAGAAGUAUUACGAACUCAUCUGAAGCCUGUAAAAAUAAUCCCAUCAUAAACUAGAAUGAAUUCUUACAUAAGACCAACA